UCUCCGUCGGCAAAAGAUGGCUCAGAAUUUUUUCAUUUCCCUACUUUUUUGUUUAGCUCUUAUAGCUUUUUGUAUAGCAGGUAGUCCCAAAGAAGACGUGAAGGUGGAUGAUGAAAAAGUAGAAUAUGCGAAGGGAUCUGUUUGUGGAUACUGUAGUUACUGCAAAUUCUGUAAAUUGUGUGAAAAAGAUUGUCCAUGUGAAACAAGUGCAUCCAAACCCAACUGCAAAAUGUGUAAAUACUGUAAAUACUGUAACCUGUGUUCUGCAGUCUGUGAUACUAUAUGUCAACCAGGAGGAAUUUUAGAUAAAGUAUCAGCUGCUAUUGUGAGUGCUCUACCCAGUCAUGAUCCUGAUGAAAUCAACAAAGAUAUUGAUUCUGUAAAGGAAUAUAUCGAUAGGAAAGACGAGUUAUAAUUCACGAAAACAAGAAUAAAGACCUGGCAGCAGUCUCCUCAUCAUUUUCUACAUUUAAGUUAUAAUUUAAGAAACAAGAACAAAGAUCUGGCAGCAGUCUCCUCAUUUACUACAUUUUACUUUACUCUUGUGUGAAACUCUUUUUUCUCCAAGGUGGGAGUUGUCUCCCAUUGUUGAAGGGUUGUUGAUUUUGAAUAAGUAAAAUCACAUGGUAUUUUAGAUUUUUGGGAAAUAAAAUAUUAAAGGCAAAUGUAGAUAAAAAAAAUUAGUAAAAUAGUAAAAUAAAGCACAGUUGAGUUUUGGUUCCAGAGGAUAAAAAAGAUUUUGAAAGAUAAUAAAAUGUGCCUAAAAUAGCUGUAAAAACCUAUCAUAAUGGGAGAUAACUCUUAUAAUUUAUUCUUUUAGAAUCUGAUGCAUUACGGCUAGUGAUUUCAAGAGCAUACAUCAAAAUGUAAAGAUUGGUUGGUCAUAAGCAAUGAAUUUCAACCUAUGGAGUAUUGUUAUUUUCAUUUUGGUUUUUGAAGAAGGAUAUUACCUAUAUUCUUUUCAAAAAUGACAUAUUCAAACUUGGUGAAAAGAGAAAACAUUUAUUUGUGCUCUUUCGUGAUACUUGUAGUCCAAAGGUUACUCUGUUGAAAUGCACAAAAUUGACUGAGACUAUAUUUUUCCUCUAGUGCCUAGUCCAACUCAAGAGAGUGAAUUAUUAUUCUUUUAUAAACAAAUUUGUUAUUUUGGUAUCUCUAAAUUCAGGACUACAAGAUUCAUGAAAGUGGAAUUUUAUUUGUACACAUGUAUGUAUGCUUUUUGUCUUAGAAUUAUGUAUUUACAGGGAAGUUUUGAGGAAGAGGUAUUCACGAAUGUGUAAAAGGAAACAAACUCUCCUAAAUUCAAGUGUAAAAAUGUUAUUUUUUUUUUAUUUUUUUAAAUUUGUAUUCCUUGGUUAAUAUAAUAUCUUUAUGAGUUUCUUUGUUAUGCCUGUUGUUCUAAAUUUUAUUUUUCAAGGUGGGUGGAAAGAUUGCUAGUCUGUGCACACAGAUCAUGUCGGACAACAAUUUAAUAUCUUGUUGAGGUUAUGUUAUGAAAUUGACAUAUAAAAUAUUUCCUUUGUACAAUCAAAUUUCAGUAUUUUCUCUUAUCAGAUUGAAAUUCCUCCUAUGUCGUUGUUGAUUUUUAGGUUUUUUAGUCGUCAUGGUGAUAGAUACAUGCCUUUUAAGAUGUGAACUACCUCUUUGUUCUUUAUUGUGCAUGGUUUCAUUAUUCAUUGCCAUGUAAGUUAUCAUGGAACUGGUUCUCAUUGUACCAAGCUUUUAAGUAGAUUUUUCUGAAAAAUUACAAAAACUUUGAGGAGAUGGAUUUUUUUUUAUCUAUCUGUAUGUCAGAUCUUUAUCAAAUACAUAUAGUGAUUCCUCUGUUGAUUUUGGCUUCCUUGUUAUACUACAUAUAAAAAAAAAUGUCUUUUAGCUAUUAGUGAUUUUUAUGAUUUAGUUAUUUUAGUUGGCCAAAUUAUAUAAAUGUCAAUUUCUUCUUGAAAUAACAUGAAAUGCACAUUUUUAAUUACAUAUUUAUUAAACAAAAUCACAGAAAUAAAAGUUUUUAAUUCUAUAUGUUAUUUACCAGAAAGGUAAUUAUUUGUCAGGUCAAGACUUUGAAAUCCAUGCUUACUUUCGUAAUACAUGUACAAGGAAUAUACAUGUAAAACUUAAAUUGAAAGUUACUAGAAAAAAUAAAUAAAAAACAAAUAUCCAGUUUAUUUUGCCAAUACCGGAAACAUAAACUUUUACUAAAAUGUCUGUGCACUCCAGACAAUUAUUUUGGUUUCAUGGAUAAAAAUUAUUACUUUGGAUGUUGUUUUGUUAAUUAUGAUUCUUGAAGAUUACAAAAUGAUUAUUUUCAUGUUGUUCAGUCUAUUUGGGGAUAACUAUUGUCAUAUGGGAAGAAGUUCCAUAAUAAGAAGUUUGUGAAGUACUCCUGUGUAUCAAACUUUUAAUUAAACACAAAAUUUACUUAAAAGUACCCUUAUACACUUCAGUUUGUAAAUAUUUCAAGAUGAAGUGCUUCUAAAAAUGAAACAGCAUUAUUUGAAAUAAAAUUGAUUUCAGUGUGUUCAAAGCUAUGGAAGAUUUUAAUUCCUGUAUUUAUUCGGAUGUUUAUGUUGUAUGAUGUGAUCCUACGAGUGUCAUUUGACACAACAUUUGUGUGUACACAUGUAUCUGGUUAACUUAAGUCCCCCAAGAGUUGUCUAACAUGAUGUUUAUGUGUAUGCUUUGCCUAGUUAACAUGUUUCUAUGUUUUUAUUUGAAAACCCUUAACCAAUGUGUGCAAGAUCUGAUACUGUAAAUUCAGGAAUUAUUGUGUACAUUUAUUAUUGCCAUUUUUUGAAAAAUAAACAAAAAUGCGAUUUAAUUAUUGCAAUUUUAGGAAAUGCUGCAUACAGAUAUGUGUAUCAGAUGCGAGUUCUUAUUAUUGCGAUACAUUAUUCCCAUUAAUAAAAAAUCUACAAUAAUUUCUGUGAAAUGUUUUCGUCCUUAUUCAGUAUUUGUAGAUUUGUAUUGUGUUGUGAUCUGAUACAUUCCUAAGAUCUGCUGUGAUAAUCCAUCCAUUAUUCACUAAUUAAUAUAUAGAUCUAUUAUAUUUAUACGUGUAUUGUGUCCUAGGAGCGAGUCUGACAUUCCCUGCAAGCAUACCAUAUUUAUUCUAUUUGCAUCUUGAACUUCUUUCCUACAAUGGUUGAAUGGCAGCUUUAUAACCUUAGAAUUGGAUUGGGGCAUUCAGGCUCAUCAUGUUAAAAAUCGUGUGGAAUAAUGAUCUUAACUUGACAGCUUAAAGAAUAGGAUGUUAGGCAUCAGUAAACUAUGUUGUUAAGUCCCCAUUUUGUAAUAGAUAGUCUUAUGAUUUCAGUUUAAAAUUAAACUCUCAAUUUCUAUUUACAUCCGCCAUGUUGUCCGAAUGGCUGUCAUUACUCAUUUAAACCUAUUUGAAUCAGAAUCAAAAUUCAAAUCACCAGUUUAUAUAUACAUGCAUACAAAACUCAGGACUGGAUUGCACAAAUGUCAUUAUUGUUGAAGGAGGUUUAAAUUGUAAUUGUUGAUAAAAUCUAUUGUAUUUGCUUAGAAUUUAAAUAACACUUAAAAUUUAUAAAUAGUAUUUGAUAUAAAUCGACAUUUUGGCAACCCAGGCAAGAUGAAAGAGGACCCACAGAAAAUAUUUAUCUAUAACUUACUUAUUAUUUAAAAUAUCAUAUUUAUAGGACAAAGACAAUAUAUUGUAUAUGUUAAAUUACAAUAUAACAGCAUGCAUUAUUACAGCUUGCCAUUUUGUUGUAGUUUUAUUUUUUUUUUUCAUUGAAGGGGUUAUUUUUUGUGAAUUUAGACUGUUGAUUGUUAAAUUUUUUCAACAUUUUUGGUUAGGUAUCAUUUUUACUACAGUAGUUGGCAUUCAUCAGUGUUUUUGGCAAUUUUUGUUUUUAUCUAUAAUUUAUGAUUCAAAUAAAUAUCAAGAUGUGUAUGCAUUUUUCUUUUGGCUCAAAAACGAACAUGAUUUUUGGCUCAAUUUUUAUUUAAAUUCAUUAUUUACGCAUUGCAGAAAUAUAAACUUGAAAGCAAAAACAAUUCAGUCAUGCAUUAUUGUGUAUAACAAUAAAUAUUUCUAAGCAAAAGUAUUAAUAUUGAUUUAAAAUAUUAUGGAGUGAAAAUUUUGUCACAAAUGGUAACAGAAUUAUUUAGUUCCAAACUCUUAAAAAUAUUAAAUGAAUGUUUUGUUUUGGUGACAAAUAGCUGCAAAAUCAUAGCUCUUAUGGUCCUUGUGAUAUUUUUUGACAAUUUCGCGAUCCACAAAUUGUCAAAAAAUAUUUUAAGGACCAUAUGAGCUAUGGUUCUGUUGCUAGGUGACAAACAUCUGCAUUUUAUUUCUAUGUUUUGUUUUCGUACGUUCAUCAUUUUUUUGUAUUUUUAUAGAGUAUGUAUGUCACUGUUUGUAUGUGAAAUCCUGAAGAACAACUAAUGUGUGUAAAUGUUAAAUAACAUGGAAAUAAAAAAUUCUAAUUAG